ACCGUCUUCGAAAUUUCCAUCAAUAUUAAUCUAUAGAUGAGAGUAGCGCGCGACGAAUGAGGACGGCAUAUAUUAUGUUUUCUGAAUCGAAAAACCUGCGAUCUGGGAAGCCUGUUCGUAUUCUAUGCUCCAACCAAAGACUCUGGGAUACGCCACUGAGCUGAUCGACUAUGAGUUCGGAGAGCGGAAAUGAAAACUGCCUUGGAUGGGCUGCAAGGGAUCCAUCGGGAAUUCUUUCGCCAUACAAAUUCAACCGCAGGUCGCUGCGAAGUGAUGAUGUCUCACUAGAAAUUACUCACUGCGGUAUCUGCUACGCGGAUUAUAUAUGGACUCGGAACAAACAUGGAGACUCGAAGUAUCCUCUGGUUCCUGGACAUGAGAUUGUUGGAUUUGUGAAAGAGGUUGGGUCUGAUGUUAAGAGCUUCAAGGUCGGAGACCGUGUUGGAGUUGGAACGUAUGUGAACUCAUGCAGGAAGUGUUCCUCCUGUGAGGAUUGGGAAGAAGUGAAUUGCGAGAAGCAAACCUUCACAUAUAAUGCUGUCGAUGAGGAUGGCACAAUCACUAAAGGAGGCUAUUCCAGUCAUAUUGUUGUUCGGGAGAGGUACUGCUAUAAGAUUCCCGAUGACUAUCCAUUGGAAUUUGCAGCUCCUUUGUUGUGUGCUGGAAUCACUGUGUAUUCUCCGAUGAUGCGCCACAAGAUGAAUCAACCAGGUAAAUCUCUUGGGGUAAUUGGAUUAGGUGGUCUUGGGCACAUGGCAGUGAAGUUUGGAAAAGCUUUCGGAUUGAAGGUGACUGUAUUUAGCACGAGCAUAUCCAAGAAGGAGGAAGCAUUGACAGAUCUUGGGGCAGACAAUUUCUUCAUCUCAUCUGACCACGACCAGAUGAAGGCCAUGGUGAAAAUGCUAGACUUCAUAAUAGACACAGCAUCAGGUGAUCACCCGUUCGAUCCUUACAUGUCCCUGCUGAAGCCUAAUGGUGUAUUCGUCCUUGUUGGGUUCCCGAGCGAAGUUAAAUUUAGCCCUGCAAGCCUCAAUAUUGGUAAGAAAACUAUUUCAGGUAGCUUAACAGGAGGGACAAGAGAGACCCAGGAAAUGUUGCACUUCUGUGCUGCUAAUAAAGUCUACCCGAAGAUAGAACUGGUACCAAUUCAAUAUGCAAACGAGGCUCUUGAGAGGCUGGCAAAGAGAGAUGUGAAGUAUCGGUUCGUAAUUGAUGUUAAAAACUCUUUAAAGUGAUUCCGUGAAGGAAUCCUUAACUUUUCGUAUUUCCUUCACACAACACCUGCUGUGCUAUGUCUCUAUAAAAUUUGGGUACUCAUAGAUAGUUAAAGACUGAAGUUUGGUUUGCUGUUUCCUUUUGGAUAUAGAGAUCAGUUUCCUGUUAUCUAGAUAGCGUUUGAUAUUAAAAAAAUGAAGAAUAUAAGAGGAAGAAUGUGUUGAUAUGGAAAAUGAGCUUUUACUUUGUUUC